GAAAACAAGUCUUCACGUUGCCGCGUGGACAAGCAAUGUAGAAGUAGUCAGGACAAAUUUCAGGAUUUCAAAAAAAUUUCAGUUCAUUCGAGGCUUCAGGUGGCAUCACUCAUGGCCCCGCCGUCGUAUCUGACGCCGACGCAGCGGUACGCCGCCGGAGCUCUGUUCGCGUUCGCUCUUCAUCAGGCUCAGAUCCACCAGACGCGCCCUCUGCGAUUGUCAUCACAAGAAGAAGAGUCGACGGAGGAGCGGACCAGCAGCGUCAGCAGCGCCGACUCCGUCUCCGACGACCCGGAUCUCUGGGUCCACGAAAACUCGGGUCUCCUCCCACCCGUUUUCAGGUUUCUGGAGAUUGAUUCUGCAGCAUGGUCUGGACUUCAGGAGAGUGCUGCUACUUCUCCUGCUAGCCAUCAUGUUGGAGCUUUCUUGAGGUUGCUUGCUGAAGAAGGUGGUCGUGAUGGUAAGGAUGCUUCAGAAAAUUCAGAUCAAGAGCUUGCGUUGUCAAAAGGUAUUGACGCUAUGGCGUCUAGCAUGGAAAAGGAUCACGAGUCUUCCCAGUCGAAGAUGGAAAAGCAUCGUGAAUAUGAAAAUGAAUGUCGCGAGAAGUUCUCCACAACUGAGGUGAAAGAGAACAUUGAGGCGGCGGAUGGGAAGUUGGGAACUUCACAGGAGAAAGGGUCCACAGCUGUGGUGAAGCAAAAAAGGGAAGAUGUGGAUGAGCAUUUGGAGAAGCUGAUGGAGAAAUGCUCCACAGCUAAUGUGAAACAAAAAAUUGAAGAAGUGGACUCGCAAUUGGAAAAUCUGCACGGGACUGGUGGUAAUCUGGUUAGGGUUAAAGACGCAGUUGUGUCUACCAGUGACAUUCGUGACAAAACUAUUGGAGAGUUGACAAUGCUCAGUUAUGAGAGGAAAGUUACAGUUCUCUAUGAACUUCUUACAGCUUGUCUGGCUGAUAAACGUGAAGAGAAGAAGAAAUGUACCCGUCGGAGAAAGGGUUACGAUGCUCGGCAUCGUGUAGCUCUGCGUUUGCUAGCAACUUGGCUUGACGUCAAAUGGAUGAAAAUGGAAGCCAUUGAGACAAUGGUUGCUUGCUCUGCAAUGGCAUUAGUAAAACAAGAAGAAGAAAAAGAAGGAACCCAAUCACCAAAAGACAAAUGGGCUAAAUGGAAGCGUGGUGGUAUCAUUGGUGCUGCUGCAAUAACUGGAGGAGCGUUGUUGACAAUAACUGGUGGACUAGCAGCCCCCGCAAUUGCUGCAGGACUUGGUGCUCUAGCUCCAACAUUGGGCACUAUCAUCCCAGUCAUUGGAGCAAGUGGGUUUGCCGCAGCUGCAACUGCUGCAGGAUCUGUUGCUGGUUCUGUUGUUGUUGCUGCAUCAUUUGGAGCUGCUGGAGCUGGACUCACAGGGAGCAAAAUGGCUAGAAGAACUGGAGGUGUCGAUCAAUUUGAGUUCAAAGCUAUUGGAGAAAAUCAUAACCAGGGCAGGCUAGCAGUCGAGAUCUUGGUUUCAGGAUUUGUGUUUGAUGAGGAAGACUUUAUGAAGCCUUGGGAGGGACAUGAUGACAAUUUGGAAAGGUAUGCAGUGCUCUGGGAGUCUAAGAAUUUAAUUGCAGUGAGCACUGCAAUUCAGGAUUGGCUUACCUCAACACUUGCAAUGGGUUUGAUGAAGCAAGGUGCAAUGAUGACUGUGUUAGGCACUCUUGUAACUGCAUUUGCUUGGCCAGCAACAUUACUUGCAGCUACUGCUUUUAUAGACAGCAAAUGGGCAAUUGCCGUGGACAGGUCAGACAAAGCAGGAAAGCUUCUUGCUGAGGUGUUACUAAAGGGAGUUCAUGGGAACAGGCCUGUAACACUUGUGGGUUUCUCACUUGGAGCACGAGUAAUUUUCAAGUGUCUCCAGUGUUUGGCAGAAACUGAACAUCAUGCUGAACUUGUAGAACGAGUUGUUCUGCUUGGAGCACCCAUCUCGAUUGCAGAUGAGAAAUGGGAAGCUGCUAGAAAGAUGGUGGCUGGAAGAUUUGUGAAUGCGUACUCCACAAAUGAUUGGAUGCUUGGGGUUGCUUUCCGUGCUAGUCUACUUUCUCGAGGAUUAGCUGGAAUUCAACCAAUCAAUGUUCAAGGGAUUGAGAAUGUGGAUGUAACGGACAUAAUUGAUUCGCACUCUUCCUAUCUUUGGUCUACAAAGCAGAUCCUGGAGCUGGUUGAACUGGAAGGCUAUUAUCCCGUUCACAGGAGCAUGAUUUGCAUAAAAUAAACUUUACCUUGUGCUACGUCACCUUCUUUUCUUAGUUUCAUUCCCAGUUUAUUAGUACGAGUUUCGUAUUUGCAAGGACCAAGAAGAGAGAGAACGCAACUGGAUCGAGCUUCUUGCUUCGUAUAUCUUCCAUAUAUUUGUAAGAGAACAAAAAAAGGUUCCAUUUUUUGUGAAUAAAAUGUGUACAUAUUGUGCCUCUUA